AUGGCGUCACAUACAGAAAACACGGACGGUCGACAUACACCCGACGACGAACACGAGCCAUGCAUCAGGGCCAAUGCAGGAUCUGGAGGACAUAACUUGUCACCCACUGAUCCCGAUAGUCCCAUGAGUUGGUCAGUUCUCAAGAAGCUCUACGUGUCGGCUUGUUCAUUCUUCUUUGUGUUUGUCAUCAUGUACGGAACCACGACAUACACAGCAGCCAUUGGCGCCAUCCCAGAAGCAUUUGGAGUCUCACAGCGCGUGGCAGUUCUCGGUUUUACCAUGCCCUUCUUUGGCGUGUUCUUUGCGCCUAUCUACACUCCGCAUCUCUCUGAGCGAUACGGCCGACGACCGAUCUACUUUACUAGCUUUCCUCUCUUUUGCCUUUGUGUAAUAGUUAUUGGUCUCGCGACGAACAUUUCGACAUUGCUGGCUUUCCGGUUCCUGGCUGGACUUUUCGGUGGUCCAUGCGUCGUUUUGAUCGAAGGCACUUUCGCUGAUGUCUGGCCUGCCAAUAAGACGGUGACAUAUUAUUCCUUCUUGACUCUUGCUUCUUAUCUUGGGGCCGCUGCCGGCCCUAUCAUCGGCGGCUUUGUCUUCGCAGCCAAAGGACCAGCCUGGCUCUCCUGGGUUACCCUCAUCUUCGGCACCGCAGCCCUUGCAUUUGGCUCCUUCAUGCCUGAAACAUACGGACGAGAGAUCCUACGAACCCGCAUUCGCUACAACAAGAGCGGCAUCAGACUGCCAUGCGCUCAAAGCGGAGUGACACUUUCUGAAAUGACGCAUAUCACCGUUCUUACACCAGUCAAGAUGCUCUUCACAGAACCUCUGGUUAUCUUGGUUUCUCUCUACCUCGGCCUGAACUUUGCAGUUGUGUUCCAGUGGUUCGUUUCUGUACCAGCUGCGUUGGGUGCUACAUAUGGCUUCGGAGUUACACAGUCUGGUUUGGCAUUCGUCUCAGCCAUAGUCGGAGUGAUACUUGCUCUUGGUACCUCUUCCUUGAUCGCGGCUCUACUCUCCAGUCGAGCUAAGAAGAAUAUGGAAGAUAUUGAGAAGCGUCUUGUCCCAGCCAUGUUCGGAGCUUUCUUGGUAGCUGGUUCUUUGUUCUGGGUUGCCUUCACCGCCACUCCCAGCAUUCAUUAUCUUGCUCCGAUUUCUGGAACAGCAGUCUAUGUCUGGGGCAAUGCGAUGGUUCUCAUCUCGUUCAUUUCUUACCUGUUUGAUGCAUAUCCACCGGCGGGAACUUUAUCUGCCCUUACCACUGCGGCGUGUUUUCGACUGGCCUGCGCAGGCAUUGUGCCAGUCUUCCUUCUCGACAUGCUUACCAAUUUGGGUGGAGCUUGGACUUUCAGCCUUUUUGGUAUAAUCUCUGGUGUCAUGACUGCAUUUCCCUUUGUUCUCUACUGGUUUGGAUCUCACUGGCGCACCAAGAGCGGGUAUAGUGCUCGCUGGACCGCGAUUCCGGAGGUGCACACGAUGGAAUAG